AUGAAGUGCAUGGCAAUACACGAGGGCCAAACUUGUGUCGAAUAUCAAGAUGCCAAAUUACGAGAGACAAAUGAAGAUACUGCCCGCAAGGACGUCGAACAUUUGAAGUGGCCGACGCAAGGUCCUCGUUGGGGAUCGGCAGGACGUGGUGACACAAAAAUACCUCAAGAUAGUCAACAAUUGCAAGCAGAUAAAGAACAAAAAGGGCUUAAACGUACAUUAUUACGUUUUGCUAUAGAACAAAUUUUGAAAGAAACUGGUUUGAUAAAGCUAUACACAAUACAAACUCAGAUUAUACAAUUAUUCAAUAGAAUAAAAACGAUGAAUGAUAAAAUUAUAGAACAAUUAAAACUUGAUCAAGAAUCAGAUCAAAAACAAAAUGAAUUAACUGUAUGGUAUGAACAAGUAAAACAACAACAACAGUUACUACAAACGGUAUCAUCUCAAGCAAGUUAA